CAGGUAAUGUGUGUGUGUCGUCUGUAUUCACACUACCCGGCGCUGUCAGUUCCAACAGCUACUUCGUGUCUCUCCAGACCAGGAAUACAAGCCCAUCCUAUCUGGCUAUUUUGAAGUGAAUGUUGGAACAAAACCGCACUACCACGUCCUCCUUGAAGCGCUCAUCUGUACUGGCGGUCGCUAUACGAAGGACUGGGACGUAGGAACUGUAGUCUCAUUGCACCCCGGGGGAAGAUUUACACCGCUGCGCCGUUACCAUGGAGAUUAUAAACCCGCCCAACGAAGCCUCCGCCGCUGAGCGCUCGUAGCAUAACGGCGCGCUUAGCCGGAAAAAAACAGCUUUCCGUCUAAUUUAAUAAACUUCAGCCUAAUAAGAAGGCAAAUAUCGCGAAUUAGGAGGUCAUUUCUGGGGUUGUUUUAUUCCUCACGCGUAAUAUCUGUGAGCCCAACGCUGUUUCCUCUGUUUAGCUAAGCUAAGCUAAGGUAAACUAAGCUAAGAUAAGCUAAGCUAAACUAAGCUAAGCUAAGCAGCGCCUCUCGGUCAGCAUGGACUCCGCGUAUCUGCAGCAGAAGCUGGGGAGGUGUCUGGUGGAGGGGCUGGCGGCGACGGUGGAGCGCAGGCCCCCGGACCCCGUGGAGUUCCUCGCCCUCUGGAUCUAUAAGCACAGAGAAAACCUGGAGCACGCAGAAAAGAGGGCUGUGUACGAGAAGCAGCUUGCAGAGGCACUGGAGAGCGCCAGGGAAGAAGCUCUUCAUCAGAGGCUGCUGAGGGACGAGGAGGACCGCGUCCGGGCCGCUCAGGAGCCCAGAGAGGAGGCCGUGUCAACACCGCCGCCGACUCCGCUGAAGGAGCGGCCCCAGAAGCUCAACACCCCCGUGCUGGAGGCGGUGCUAGAGGAGGAGCAUAAAGUAAACACAGCCACUCCCAAACCAGUGGCACCAGCGCAGGACACAGUACCAGACACCCAGGAUGAAGAAGGGAAAGGGGCGGAGCUUCAGACAGAGGGCGGCGCCGGGUUGCCGCCCACUGGGGCCCGCCCAUCGGAAGAGGACAGCGCUGGGCCAGCUGUCGCAGAGGACACAGCAGGCUUGGAGCGGUCUGCAGACAUGGAGAGAUCGCCCCCUAUAGCUGGAACAGGAGAAGUGCAGAAACCCGACGAUCUCGAGCGCCGGCCUACGGAGAAAGUGAUGUACCGUUUAGUGACCAGUAAAGGCCGUUCCGCAUGGCAGGCCACUGCCGAUCGAGUUUGUUUGAAUUUUGAGGCGAUUCGGGAAUGCAACAGGCACAGCUGGCAGGCUCGGCCCGAUGUCCUGAGACACGCGAGACACGCAGCAGGUACAGCUGGCAGGCUCGGCCCGAUGUCCUGAGACACGCGAGACACGCAGCAGGUACAGCUGGCAGGCUCAGCCCGAUGUCCUGAGACACGCGAGACACGCACCUGCCCCCUCUGAGCUCAAAAGCUCUUAACUCUCUAGGUCACAGUGCGACAGUUGUGUGGGUGCUAACCCUUUUUUGGAAAAAGCACUAGCGCCUCCCUGUGGCUUGCUACACUUGGUCAGUAGUUUGUGUAUUUUGUAUGUUUUUGGUGUAUUUUUCCAUACGUAGCCUCUAGUUUUAAAAUAAGCCAAAGCUCUUGUGGUCUUGCUGUCUCUCAGAUCAUCUUGGGAGAAAGGCAGCAGGUUUAUUCCAGAGUGAAAGCUACUCUGGGCCAUUCCGUCUGUUCUGACGGAAGCAGAGGUCUAGGCAAACUCAGCAGCACGGGUAUUGCCGCCUGCCGUGCGUAAACCUUCUUGUGCUCGUCGCAGAGAAGCUAGAAGCUGUGCAAAAAAGGAAAAGAGGAGGAGUUAGAGAGGGAAAAGAACAGGACAGGAAGGCCAGGUUUCCGUGUGUUUAGAUCAACGAAGACUUUGGAGUAUUUUUAGAUGUCUCUGUUCUUAAUGACGUCCUAUCCUCACUACCGCCCUCUGCUGGCUGA